CCUCCUUGCAUCGUCCAUAAUGAAUUAAAAAACAAUCUACUAAGUGGCAACCUUUUUACAAACAGAAAUACCUGGCAACUAAAAAAUAAUCCACCAACACGGUAACCAUAGCAACGAGAGAAACAACAAAAGACUGUUUAUAAACACGAGUGACGUUAGCACAACGUAUUUAGCUUAAUUGUUUUAAAAAAUAAUAACAAUGUCCAACCUUAGUGGCUAUGAUGGAGAGGCGGUCGGUUUUGACUCAGUCAAACUGAAUAAAACCGAAGAAAAGCACUCCUCAACUCAAACCACUGAAUAUAGCGAGUCUGGAGUAUCCUCGCAGACAAAUGUCUCCAAGGAAACCGGGUCUUUAGUCACGGCUGAGGAUUUAAACGCUCAAGAAGAAGUUUUAAAAGAAUACCCACCUCCUUUACUAACCGAGUUUUUGAAGAAGGUCGUCCCAAAAAUGCUGGAACAGCUAGACAAUAGUGAUAAGGAACCGCUGUACAAUUCCUCCGAUUCUGACGAGGAAGAGGUCAUAAAUGCGAAGUUGUUUCAAGAGAUUACACUGACGGACCUGCCGGGGAUGGGAGGAGGAGACCAGUCGCGUUGUAUUCUUGAUAUGUCAUGGAGCAGCGCUGGGAAUUCCUUCGCGGUUUCCGUUGGCAGACUCCAGCACGUGAACUGGUGUGUCGAAGAUGGUUUGAUCCGAAUUUUUACUAUAAAAAGAACAGCUGGUGACACGUUUGUUCGGACCUUAGAUUUGACUGAGAAAAGCUGUGUAACUAAACUCCUGUAUCACCCAACGGUGUCUGCUUUAUUAGCGUACGGAACAACGUCUGGAGAAGUAGUUCUAUGCAAUUUAAGGAAUUUAGACGCCAUUUUACUAACGUCGCCAGCGGGAGUCCAUGAGUCGAAGCGUGUAACAGGCCUGUACUGGGCUGACCCCGCUCUUGCUAACAUCUUUCUAACUAUGCAUAUCAUGAAUACUGGAAAGAGACGGGGAGCAUCUGACCAGAUCUUAAUCUCAGCUGGCUGCGAUGGUACCAUCAACGUGUGGCGAGUGAACGCCAACCAAAAGAUAUUUGAAAAUGUCGUCUGCUAUUGUUUAAAUGGCUCACGGAAUAUGGACUCGGUUAAUAUAAGUUGCUUCGACUUUAUAAAGACCUAUCCUUUGCGUCCCAGCGAGGAGAAAGUUGCAGAUGAUAUUUUUGUCGUCGGGUGUACUUCUGGAGGUCUGUACCUUUGCAAGAUAAAGACUUAUCAGCCGAUCGUUGAUAGCAAAUGCGUUGAUCCAGUAUAUGAGGUGUUUCAAGGACAUAUCGGUUAUAUGCUGGAUGUGGCGUUUAGUUACGAGAAGCCUGGAGUCUUCGUGUCUGCUUCAAUAGAUUCAGAAGUUAGAAUCUAUGAUAUUAACCAACCUAGUCCUUUAAAGGUUAUCCACAUUGACAAGGCUAUCUCCUGCAUGUCCUGGCUGCCAAACAACCCUUGUGUCCUCGUGAUGGGGCUGGCGAAGCCUGAUCCUCAACUGCUGCAGGUGUACAAUGUGAACAGCGGCCGUCGUGUGCCAGUGGAAGGUCUAACUGGCAGCGGUGGAUGUGUCGUCUGCAUCAAAGUCAACCAGACGAGUGUAUGUCGCAUCGCCGCAGCGGACUCCAGUGGCAACGUUCGAAUCUGGGAGCUACCGACGCGUCGCAUCAAGAUUACACCAGGCGACCUAGAGUUUUAGGUAGCCUAGCUCUAAAUACUAAAAUACUAACAAGUAAUACAUGAAAUUAACUAGCGGCUUGCCUCGGCUUCGCCUGGAUGCUGUUUUCUGAUGCACCCGUUGUUUUUUUAUGGAAUAUGAGGCAAACGAGCAGACGUAUCACCUGAUGGUAAGCGAGCAGCGCCGUCCAUGGACACCUGCAACACCAGGAGUCACAGGACUCACAGGUGCCUUGCCGGCCUUAAAGGAAUACGUAUUGAAUCUACGAAUGUACCUAUUGAGUCUUUCAUUUAUGCAAACCGAAUUAAUAACUAUAUUAAUAUUUUGUUAUCGUUAGAACAAUUCGAUAUAGUUAUUCGAUUGUAAUUGGCGUAAGAAUUUGGUAAACCUCUUAUUAUUAUAUUAUGACUGUCGUCAACUGUCGUAUGACACACUAAAU